CUGUUCUGGGCUGCAGGAAGGUGACCUCCACUCCCCACCAAGGAGCAGCAGGGAGACCCAGCAGGCACACCUUAGGCUGGCAGGUUUGGCAGGGCGUGAUUCAAGACCACAGUGAUUCUGGGGCGGCUGUGAUUGAUUUCAGGAUGGCUGUGAUUUCAGGACGGCUGUGAAUGCACAAUGAAAACACAAACAGGAGCCCUAUGGGUGCAGCCACGGCCCGGUCCCGAUGCCCUAGACAAUGCCCAACCACAGACUGUUCUUCCAGCGAGCCAUGGCCGGGACGGCGCUGCUCCUUGCCCUCUGGCUCUUGACCUCGAGCAGGGUCUGGGGCCCUGGGACGUGGUCCCUGAGGAGGGGCUUCCAGCCGCACUCUGAGCUCACCAUCCUCAUCUGGCACUGGCCUUUUGGGAAGCCCUUGCCUCUGGACGGGGAUGUCUGUGCUCACUACGGCGUGGCCAACUGCCGGCUCAGCGCCAACCACAGCCUCCUGGGCCGGGCCAGCGCAGUGGUCUUCCACCACCACGAGCUCCAGAAAGGGGCCGUCCGGCUGCCCCUGGCUCACCGGCCUGCCGGGCAGCCCUGGGUGUGGACCAAUCUUGAAUCUCCAAGCAACACUCACGGACUUUCCCGCUAUCGCAACAUUUUCAACUGGGUCAUGACCUACCGGAGGGACUCGGACAUCUUUGUGCCCUACGGAGAGCUGGUGCCCCGGGAUGGGGCGGCCCCCCCCGUGCCCGCCAAGAGCCGGAUGGCCGCCUGGGUCAUCAGUAACUACCACCGGGCCCAGAAGCGGGUGCUGGUCUACAACCAGCUGUCCAAACACCUGCGGGUGGACGUGUUUGGCCGGGCCAACAGGAAGCCCCUCUGCCCCGACUGCCUCUUACCCGCCCUUGCCCCGUACCGAUUCUACCUGGCGUUCGAGAACUCUCAGCAUCGGGACUACAUCACGGAGAAGUUAUGGCGAAACGCUCUGAGCGCAGGGGUCGUGCCCGUGGCCUUGGGCCCUCCUCGCUCAACCUACGAGGCCUUCCUGCCGGCCGAUGCCUUCGUGCACGUGGACGACUUCGGCUCCGUCCGGGAACUGGCCGCCUUCCUGAAGAGCAUGAACGCCAGCCAUUACCAGAGCUUCUUCGCCUGGCGGGAAAGGCUGGCCGUGCGGCUCCACGGCGACUGGAGGGAGCGCUUCUGCGCCAUCUGCGCCCACUACCCCCGCCUGCCCCAGAAGCAGGUCUACGGAGACUUGGAGGCCUGGUUUAAGUCGGGGUGACCCAUCUGUGUCGCUGCUAAAUUCCUCCCCCACCACAGAGGUGAUGGGGAAAUGCAGGGCUGCCAUUGGGCCCAGCCGUGUGCCCCAGAGGCCAGGCCGGCUGCCUGCCCCAGCGGAGGGGCCCGGCCGUCUGCCCCAGAGGAGGGGCCCAGCUGUCUGCCCCAGGGGUCGGGCCCCUCCGGUUCCCAGGGGGUCUGGGAGACGUGAGGACAGACAGACCUGACAUUUGGCCCAAACCCCUUCUCUCGUCUGUUCCCCUUCUCCAGAUGUAUCUGAAUAAGCAGCCUCCCGAAAAAUAACACUCAGCUGGGGAGGGGGAAGACAGCUCACUGACUGACGUGUCAUUCCUUUCCGAUGCUCAUUUUCUCCAUGGGUGCCCAAAGAAGUUGGGGUGAGAGGGCUUUUCUGUCUCUCCCAGCUCUGAAUCGGGACCCUGCCCUUCUGCACGUGUGUGUGCGCGUGUGAGGGGUGAAGGGGUAGUGACCUUCCCCAGCAUCUCUGACUGACCGACAUGGCUCCCAAAUAAAACCUGAACCCGGGUCUUGGGGGUGUGAGGGACCUUUAAGGGAAGGCGGAUUCUCGCUAUGAGAUGUACAGACUGAUUCAAGGUGUCGUGUAAUGGUAAGGGAAACACAGCGUAUAAUAAAAACCUCAGAUCUUCAACCGAA